GGAGUGACGUGUGUGGCGUGGUGCCGAGGACCGAGGCCUACGGUGGAGUGUGGCGACGAGCAGCGGAGAACACGGAAACACCAACACGGCUGCUUGAACCGGCGAUGAGCCUACCGGGUGACAGAACUUGCCAUAUCUUCAUUGUAACCUCACGUGAGACUCUAUGCCGUAACUAAUCCAGUUAGUUGCUUCCGGACUUCUGAUGCUCAAAAAAAGUGUGAGGUGCAGAUUAACCUGAGGAGCAUGAAUCUGAAGUCAAGCUUUCCUGCAGGUUCUUCCUAACCUCCAUGUCACCUCUAAGCAAUGAUCUCCUGGAGACAACGACGUAUAAUGGUAGAAGCUUCCGGAUUGGAUGAUGUUAUGUGCUACACCAGGGAAAUACAUCAUUAUUUGAAAAUGGACAUUAUAGACACUGACUGAACCUUCUUUACAACUAUUUUGGCUACUGGCAGAGAAGAAGACAAAUGCAGGGAUGAAAUCAUUUUCCUACCUUCUGAAGAAUGUAUUGCAAGGGGCAAAGUGCAUGGAAAGGAGAAUGACAAGAGAUGAGCCUGUCCAGAUAAAUGGAGUAUAUAUUUGUAAGAUUAUUUAUUUAUACAAGCACUGGGUACAGUCAGAAGCACAGGAGGGUGAGAGAAUUCACCAGAGUCAGAGCGGAAAGCAGAGCAAGCAGAGUGAUGAAGUACACUGCUGAGGGGAGCAGCGGACGGCAGGAGAGGUAUGAGUUGAAAGCCUAUACUAUGGACCAAGCUAACAGGUAUUGCAAGAGGAUAAAUAAUGUGCACUGCUCUGAGCCCCAAGGUGCGCAGUGGACCUGGCCUCUCCGAUAUGCAUCAGUAUAGCCAAUGGCUGGCCAGCAGACAUGAAGCUAAUUUGCUACCGAUGAAAGAAGAUCUGGCCUUGUGGUUAACCAAUCUAUUAGGGAAGGAGAUUACAGCAGAAACCUUUAUGGAGAAGUUGGAUAAUGGUGCUUUGCUCUGUCAACUUGCAGAAAGUGUGCAGGAGAAAUUCAAAGAAAGCAUGAAUGCUAAUAAACCCACAAAGAAUCUGCCCUUGAAGAAGAUUCCUUGCAAAGCCAGUGCACCCUCAGGCUCCUUUUUUGCCAGAGACAAUACAGCAAAUUUCUUAUCCUGGUGCCGAGAUUUAGGGGUAGAUGAAACGUGUCUAUUUGAAUCGGAAGGUUUGGUCCUCCACAAGCAACCCAGAGAAGUGUGUCUCUGUUUGCUAGAGCUUGGCCGGAUUGCAGCCAGGUAUGGUGUGGAGCCUCCUGGAUUGAUAAAAUUAGAAAAAGAGAUUGAACAAGAAGAAACACUUUCUGCCCCUUCUCCUUCACCUUCUCCUUCAUCAAAAUCUUCUGGAAAAAAGAGUACAGGAAAUUUACUGGAUGAUGCAGUAAAACGGAUUUCUGAAGAUCCUCCUUGCAAAUGCCCAAACAAGUUCUGUGUGGAGAGACUCUCUCAAGGAAGAUAUCGAGUGGGAGAAAAGAUCCUCUUCAUUAGGAUGCUGCACAACAAACACGUCAUGGUCCGUGUGGGCGGAGGAUGGGAGACUUUUGCAGGGUAUUUGUUGAAACAUGACCCCUGCCGGAUGCUGCAGAUCUCCCGUGUGGAUGGCAAAACAUCGCCCAUCCAGAGCAAGUCUCCAACCCUGAAGGACAUGAAUCCAGAUAAUUACCUGGUGGUCUCUGCCAAUUAUAAGGCUAAGAAAGAGAUUAAAUGAAACUAGUUGGUCACUAUAAGGGGACUCUCCUAAUGGCCUGUGUCCACUUCUCCUUGUAGUCAGUUUAGUUCACAUGCUCUGAAAAUCACUUUGGAAAAGGGGUGACAAACAAAAGAUGUCAUAUUGAAAAAUGUUCAAAGAGUAGCACUAUUUAUUUUUAAUGCUUCUGUAGCUAAUGCCCUAUUAAAAGACAUUCUAAGCUCAGAUUUAAAUUAGAAAAAUUACAGACAAAUUAUUCUUAAUAUAGGACCACAGUAUUUAGAACACUAUUAGAAACACAAUUCUGGCUAGAGACACAUCUAUUGCUAGAAAAUAUUUAGGAUUUACAGAUAUGUCAACAGAAAGUGCCUGUUUUAUGUCUACAGAGUAAAAGCACCCCAGACAUUUUAUAAUGGCAGGAUUUUUGAGUUAAAUAACUUAAAGUGACAGUAAGUGUGAUCAUGUGCUACUAAUGAUACCCAACAGCGUUGUAAGUACAGAGUAUUCCCAAUAAUAAUAAUUUACUGGAAAGGCCACUUCAGAAAAGUUUACAUUUACUUGGAAGAUUGCCUUAACGUUUGUUCCUUAUCUCUGACCAAAUAUCUGGGAUACUUGUGGAAGUUUUCAGUAUACCCCUUAGAGAAUCAUGAUGUAUGAAUUGCUUCACACAUUCCCAAGAACCUGAGCACCUGGCUAUGUUGAGACUUAGUGUAAUUCACACACAUAAACUGACAAUACUUUAUAUUUUGACAAAGUAAAUUGUACAGUCAAAUGUUCAUUGACUUCGUGUUAUUUUAAAGCAUUUUCUUAUUAAAAUAUAUCUUUAGUUAAUCCUACUUUGCUAUGCUAUCUAGUAAAGUAAGUUUACUGUAGCUAAUGAUGUUACAGAAUUCUGUAUACCCUUGUAUACUGGGACAGGGCUGUUUUGUACCAAUGAACAGCAAAAUAGUGUCCUCACUGAUUGAAGAAUUAAAGAAGAUAAAUU